AUGAAUAUCGUCGAAACUGGUGUCCGUACAUACAACAGACAGACACUUUUCAACCUAAAUAACCCGGUUAACAACAUCCAAGAUGGGCUGCGGGAAACGCUACGUGAACUCGGCUUGCUCCGCGAACCAGGCCUCGAAGCCUCGGCGUUGCCUGGUGCCGGCGGCCGGAGGAGGGGACAUCGGAAGCGGUGCGCGAGGAAGCGGAAGCGCGGCAAGCGGGCGGGAGUCCGUGCUAGGCUAAAAACAAACCCUAGCCGGCCGGCUCUCCCGUCCAUCAUCUUAUCCAACGUCUGCUCCCUGGAUAAUGAACUGGAUUACAUCCGACUCCAGCAGGCUACACAGCGUGAGGUUAGAGACUGCUGUGUCUUUGUUUUCACGGAGACAUGGCUCAGCGACAGAGUACCGGACCCCUCUAUUCAGCUAAACGGGUUGGCCUCGUUUCGCGCCGACAGAAAUGCAGCCCUGUGCGGUAAGACUCGCGGUGGCGGCUUGUGUGUUUACAUCAACACGAAAUGGUGCAAGAACUCUGUGCUAGUUUCUAGUUAUUGCUCAUCGCUGGUGGAGUUUGUGACUGUUAGAUGCAGACCUUUUUAUUUACCACGGGAAUUCACCACUGUUUUCAUUAUCGGAGUGUACAUUCCACCUGGCGCUAAUGCUGAGGAAGCGCUAUGGGAACUGUAUACAAAGAUCAGUGAUCUGCAAAAUACACACCCGUACGGACUGUUUAUUGUUGCUGGAGAUUUCAACCAUGCAAAUCUCAAGUCAGUGCUUCCUAGAUUCCAUCAUUAUGUGGACUUUGCAACGAGAGGGGAAAACACGCUGGAUCUUGUUUACACAAACAUCCCCGGCGCAUAUCGGGCAGAGCCCCGCCCACACCUCGCCUACUCAGACCACAUCUCUGUUAUGCUAAUUCCAGCAUACAGACCACUCGUCAGGCGAUCAAAACCGGUUCUGAAGCAGGUGAAAACCUGGCCAGCAGGAGCCAUCUCUGCUCUUCAGGACUGUUUCGAGAGCACUGACUGGAACAUGUUUAGGGAGGCUGCAACUCACGGUGACUUCACUGACUUGGAGGAGUACACGUCAUCAGUGUCCAGCUACAUCAACAAGUGCACCGAUGACGUCACUGUCUCCAAGACCAUCAUCUCACGACCCAACCAGAAACCGUGGAUUACUGCGGAAGUGCGUGCACUUCUGAGGACCCGAGACUCUGCCUUCAAAGCGGGAGAUAAGGUGGCGCUUAGAAGAGCUAGGGCCGAACUUUCUCGGGCCAUCAGAGAGGCGAAGCGCGCACAUGCCCAGAGAAUCCACAACCACUUCAAGGACAGCGGCGUCAACCCACGUAAAGCUGCUGGACCUGACAACAUCCCAGGCAGAGUGCUCAGAGAAUGUGCUGAACAGCUGGCAGAUGUUCUCACCGACAUCUUCAACAUCUCUCUGAGCAGUGCCGUCGUUCCCACAUGCUUCAAGGCCACCACCAUCGUCCCCGUGCCCAAGAAGUCUUCUGUGUCCGGUCUCAACGACUACCGUCCUGUUGCACUUACACCCACCAUCAUGAAGUGCUUCGAGCGGCUCGUCAUGAAACACAUCAAGACCCUGCUGCCCCCUCACUGGACCCACUGCAAUUUGCAUUUCAGCUCAGCAUUCAACACGAUCAUCCCCCAACAACUGAUCGGAAAGCUGAGCCUGUUGGGCCUGAACACCUCCCUCUGCAACUGGAUCCUGGACUUUCUGACCGGUAGGCCUCAGUCAGUACGGAUCGGGAACUGCACCUCCAGCACCACCACACUGAGCACUGGGGUCCCACAAGGCUGUGUGCUCAGUCCUCUGCUGUUCACACUGCUGACUCAUGACUGUGUAGCAACACACAGUUCAAAUCACAUCAUUAAGUUCGCUGAUGACACGACCGUGGUGGGUCUCAUUAGCAAGAACGACGAGUCAGCGUACAGAGAGGAAGUGCAGAGGCUAACGGACUGGUGUAAAGACAACAACCUGUCUCUGAAUGUUGACAAGACAAAAGAGAUGGUUGUUGACUUUAGGAGGACACGAGGCAACCAUUCACCGCUGAGCAUCAAUGGCUCCUCUGUGGAGAUCGUCGACAGCACCAAAUUCCUGGGCGUCCACCUGGAGAAGGACCUCGGCUGGUCCCUCAACACCAGCUCCCUGCACAAGAAAGCCCAACAGCGUCUCUUCUUUUUGAGAGGACUGAGAAAGGCCCAGCUUCCACCACCGAUCCUGACCACCUUCUAUAGAGGAACUAUCGAGAGCAUCCUGAGCGGCUGCAUCACUGUCUGGUUUGGGAACUGUGCCACAUCAGACCGCAAGACCCUACAGCGGAUAGUGGGAACAGCAGAGAAGAUCAUCGGGGUCUCUCUCCCCUCUAUUGAGGACAUCUACACCACACGCUGUAUUCGCAAAGCCACCAGCAUUGUGGCUGAUCGGACACACCCCUCUCACACACUCUUCACACUCCUGCCAUCUGGAAAAAGAACCUAUGUCAAAGAAAAACUGAGGAACAAAUUUCAACAGAAGUUGUCACCAGCAGAUUUUCUUCAAAUACAUCCACCUGUGAAACGGCACCAUGUGACAUCUGAGAAAGAUCUAGCUCAAACCUUUCUCCACAGGCUGAUGAUGUUAGACUACAGGGCCAGAUAUAUUCCUCUAAAAGCAAUAGACACAGAUCACACAGAACAGACUCAUGUGCAUCCAAUGGACGUUCAGAUGGCAGUAUUUCACUGCUCAGACAGCUUCCUUAAACAGAUGAUGAUUACAAAGCUCUCUCAGUGUCAGUAUGCCUUACCAUUGCUUGUUCUUGACCCAGUCACUAUGGAGAUCGAGUGUCCUCUGUGGACUUUCAGACAAAUAACAAAGACCUGGAAGGUAACUGACAUGAAAAAUGGCUCAAACAUUAUGAAGAGUGUCCCAGUCUGCAAAGCUCGGACACACUUGGUGUCAUUUUUCCGCCUGGGUUCUCUGUCAGUGUCUAAAUCUCAGCUGAUGAACACUUUGAUCAACGACCGUCACAGCACCUUCUUCCACAGAAACUGUCCAGGAAGCACCAAGUCUCGCUAUCUGAUGGAUGGUGUGGCAGAGAUUGCCUGGUACUGUCCUGCUGGAAAACCCAAUGAUGCCUUCAAUGACUGCAUUGCCUUUUGUAAUCUUCGUGGUGAUGCUCUGUUGAUUGAAAAACAGCGUGACAUACUGAUUGAAAAAUCAUCCAUCAAUAUUUUUCUUGUUGCAUCUCUGCAAGAACAUGAAGAAAGCCAAUCAUUUAUAUCAGCUCUUUUUAAAUCUCACAAACCGCUCGUUUGUCUCUGUGUUGAUGACCGCUGUGGUGGUGUUAAGACAAAAAAGGGAAAAUACAAAAUGGGUCUCAAAGACAGAAGCCAGUCAGAUAUAUCUGAAGAACUGAAACAGAUCAUUAGUGACAUUUUAUUUUCUCUAGAUGGUUCCAGGUUGAACCCAUCCUUCCAGCUUGAAACCAUGGCUGAGCUCUCGGAAAUCAAAGUGGAUGAAAGUGACCCAUUUUGUCAAAUAGGGAAAUCUGCUGCUAUGAAAAUAAUGGAUCUGCUUACAGCAGAUAAUAUGGAUGUCUCCCACACAUUUCUGCCAUGUCAAGGCCAUCUGUGGCAUCGGUGGAGCAAAAUACACAAAGAACUGUAUCAUCUCAGAGGAGACAUUGAAAAGGAGAAAAGUAAAAAGCAACAAGAACUGAUGAAAAUACGCCAGAAACAAUGUGCUGUUUCCUGCAGUAAACUGAUACAGUUGUUCAUUGAAAGUCUGUCAUCAUUGCCACCAAAAGAUAAAGAAUAUUUUCUGAAAUUGAUUCAAAUCUUAAUGGAUGCCCUGUCCACAGAUGAGCUUCCUGUUAUUCUCAAAAGCUAUGAUGAAAAGUGGUCUGAGGUCUUGGCUUUGAAGAACAAACACAUGAAAUCAGAUCUGUUAAUAAAAAAACAAACUGAGCUUGAAGAAAUAUCCAAAAAACUGCAGUCUGCAACUUUUGGUUUGGAGCACAUCUUCAGAGAAAUGGGACAGAUCUAUGAAGCUCAUGGAGCAAUAGAAAGAGACAGCAGACACACUGACUGGUCUAAAUACCCUGAGGUGGCUGCACAGCUGAUGAUAUCAGGACACCCGAUGGAGCUGAUAGAUGGUGAUGCAGGUCACGUGUCUUUAACAUGGAUCUCCAGUCUUUUAGAGGAAGUCAUCAAGAAACUGGGGGACCAGAGAGUUUUUGUGUUGUCAGUUUUGGGCAUAAAAAGCAGUGGAAAAUCAACAAUGCUGAACACCAUGUUUGGAUUGCAGUUUGCAGUGAGUGCAGGCAGGUGCACCAAAGGUGCCUUCAUGCAGCUGCUCAAAGUAUCAGAGGAGAUGAAGAAAGACUUGAAGUUUGACUAUCUUCUAGUGGUGGACACUGAAGGACUGCGCGCUCUUGAGCUGGAAGGUAACAUCACUCUUCACCAUAACAACGAACUGGCAACAUUUGUUGUUGGUCUGGGAAACCUGACACUGAUCAACAUCUUUGGAGAGAAUCCAUCUGAGAUGCAAGACAUCCUGCAGAUUGUUGUUCAGGCUUUCAUGAGGAUGAAGAAAGUUCAACUUUCUCCCAGUUGUGUGUUUGUUCACCAGAAUGUUACAGAUGUUGCAGCAGUAGAGAAAAACAUGGAUGGAAGGAGACGCCUGCAAGAAAAACUGGACCAGAUGGCCAAACUAGCAGCUGAAGAGGAGGUUUGCAGUGCAGAGUGCUUCAGUGAUGUCAUUGAGUUUGAUGUCCAAAAAGAUGUGAAAUACUGUGCCCAGCUGUGGGAGGGCAGUCCACCCAUGGCUCCUCCUAAUCCAGGUUACAGUGAGAGCAUCCAAGAAGUGAAGAACACCAUCCUCUCUGGGAUCACUCUCUUACAGUUUAAAAACAAAAUUCAGGACCUGUGGAGUGCCCUCCUCACUGAAAACUUUGUUUUCAGUUUUAAAAACACACUUGAAAUUGCAGCGUACAGAAAACUGGAGGCCCAGUACGGAAACUGGACCUGGGCCCUGAGGAGCAACAUGUUGGCCAUUGAAAACCAACUUCAUAACAGAAUUGAAAAUGGAAAUCUUGACAAGGUGGACCUGAGUGACCUUAAAAAGGAAUCAGACAAAACAUAUGAAACUAUAGCAAAAGAAAUGACAACAUACUUUGAGGAGGACAAAGAGAAAGAAAUGUUGGCUCAGUGGAGAGGCCGAUUUGAAACCAAAAUCAAAGAGUUUCAUGAUGAACAGGUGAGCACGGUGAAAAGAAAACUGGAUGAAGUUAUUCAGCAGAAGAAGACUCGUGAAAAGCUGGAUGAUAAGAAGAAAGAGUUUGAGGACAAGCUGCUACAGAAGAGCAAAGAGCUCGCUCAGCAGCUGAAGGAUAAGGCCAAAGAUGAAGAAGAGCUUAACAAACAGUUCAGCUCUGUUUGGAGAGACUUGGUUACUGAAUUAACAGCUGAUAUAAAACCUGUUGAAGAUAUCGACCUGAAAGAAGAUCAGUUUAUUAUCCUUCAAGAACUUGGUUUUGAAGAGACUCUCAUAAAUGAACGCAAAGGAAAUGGCAGAUACAAGAAACUAUCACAUUUGGGAGAUUAUUCGGAUUAUGUAAAACAAACAAAAGUUCUGGGAAUUAAAUGGCCAUUAAAUGCAUUAUCAUAUGAAAACCAACAACAGAUCAUAUCACUUAUUGAAAGAGCUGAAAUUGAGUCACUUGAUGCAAUCAAAAGCAAGCCUGUAGCUACAAGAGGCUACAAACUAGCUUAUUUGCAAGAAACAGCCAAACAGGUAAAACAAGAAGUUGACAGUUUUCAGAAGGAGGGGAAAUGUGCUUUGAAGAAGGAGUUCACAGUCGAUCUCAUACUGUAUGUGUUCUCAAAAUCAGAGAGUUGGAUCCUAGACUCCCUGAAAACAUUAAAAUCAAACAAUGAUAUAGUCACUUAUUUAGAAAGCACGAAAACACAGUAUUACAAUGUUUUUAGAAGCUUUUGUAAAGGAAGCUCAUCUGCUGUUGUGCUCGCAGAACUGAUCUGCGAAAAGCUGAAAGCUUCCACUCUUGAGGCUGUCUGUAACAAGACUGCCAUUGGUCUGGCUGGAGAGAUGAGGUGUAAUUUCCCAGCAUUCAAUGGGAACAGGCUGAACUUGGAGAAACAUGUGCUGAAGUCACUCGCUGAGUUUGAAAACUUUGAUGAUUUCAUCACCUACAUCAGAAAUCCAAGGAGACAAACAGAAGCUUUUAUAAAAGCACAAGUAAAGAAAUACAUCUUCACAGGUCACAAAGAUGAAACUGUGAAUGUACUCAAGAAUAAUGUUGAUGAUGUCAACUCACUUGUGAGUCGAGCUUUAUCUACAGCAACACAGAAAGUCCAAACUCAGACAGGAGACAUAAACAUGUGGCUGAAGGAAUUUUCUAGUUUGCUAAAAGAUGAGUUAACUCUUGAUACCAUUUCUUCUCAAAACUUCAGUGACAUCAAUAAUUUUGAUUUCUUUAUGGAAGCAAUAAAGAAAGAAUUUACAUGCAUAAUUCAUGAGAUGAGCAGCCUCUCAUUGGAAAAACUGAAGGAAUCCAGGCUGAAGCCUGAUGAAAUCCUCAUUGAUCAGCUGUGUAAUUGUUGCUGGGUAACAUGUCCCUUCUGUGCAGCUGUUUGUACUAACACCAUUGGGGAUCACAGUGAUGCUGACCACAGCGUCCCUUUUCAUCGACCUGAAGGAAUCAAAGGAUGGCACUAUAGAGACACAGUGGAAUUCAGCAUCAAUUUCUGCACAACAAACGUUGCAAGUGAUGGCAAAUUUUAUCCUCGUCAUGAUUCAGAGGAAACUGUUCCCUAUAAACUGUACAGAACUGCUGGUCCAGAGUAUGCUGACUGGAGAAUCACCUAUGAUGAGUCUAAACUGGUGUACUGGAAAUGGUUUGUGUGUCGAUUUCAAAAGAAACUGGAAGAGCACUACAAUUAUAAGUUCCAGGGCAGAGGAGAGAUUCUCAGUGAGUGGAAAACAAUCUCUAAAUGCAAAGCCAUUAGAAGUCUGGACGAAAUGUGCGAAUGAGUCAAAGAAACAACGUUCUUCGGUUUAUAUAUCUUACAUAAUGACGGAAAGAAAGAUUUAGAGAUUCAAGUAAAAUAGCAGAAUCUUUUUAGAAAUGACAGGAUUAUUACAACAUAGUUACACAUAGUUCUAACAAUUAAAGAGAAUCACAGCAUGUGAGAUUAGACUCUUACUAUGUAAUAAUGAUUGAACAUUUAAAAGUAACUCUUAUUGAAAUGUAGCUUUUGUAAUAAAACCUUUUUGUGUGUAUUUUGCGCUUACAUUGAACAAAUACAUUCAUUUUACUUUAUCUUUCUUUUGCUGAAAGUUGUUGGAGAUAAAGUUAAAUUAGAAUUAUUUAAUCAACUGUGUCCAGUAAUAUAAUCUGAAUUAUCUGAAUUUGUCUCAUGUGUUAAUAUUCUGUAUAUUUUGUAGUUUUAUUUUAGUCUUCUGUUGAACAACUUCCAGUUUAUCACCUUUGUAUAUUAAUCAAGUUUUCU